GAAUACACGGGUUAUUUUAUUUUUCUUUUGUCUUUCACACAUUCCUAAUCCAGGGUGAUUUUAAGGUCAUGGAAUUGCGCUUUUCCUCGGCCAUUUCCCCUAAGCUUUGGCAAGACUCAUAUUUCCUGAAAUUUAAAUCACUGGCUAGCGGUUUCCUGCCCCUUUCGCCUCUGCUUCCUCCUGCCUGGCUGGGUCCCAAACCGCGAGCAAAGGUGUCGCAUCCCUUAACUGGCCGAGGUGGUGUCCAGAGUCCGAGGUCUUGCUCCUUCCCAGGGCCUCCCUGGUCUCUCCCAGCCCUCUCCUCUGCCCCACCCCCGCGCGGCUCUAGGAGGAGCCUGAAGGUCCGCUCCGCUAGCUGACGGGCCCUGCGGUGCGUAAACAGGAUUAACUCCCUCGCCCCCAGCGGCGCCGAUCUGCCAGCGGCCUAAGGACCGCAGCGAGCCCGCGGGUGCGCGGAGGGCGCAGCACCGGGAGCGGGGGAUGGGGCCGCCCGGGGCCUCGGCGCUGUCUCUGCGGCGCGCUUCCUCGCCGACUGGGGCGCGGGCCCACAGCCUCAGCAGCUGCCCCUCCACAGCCCCGGCGCACGGCCGCGACGGCAGGGGUUCCUAGCGGCAGCCUCCCCUCCGCCGCCUCCCUCUCCCUUCCUGCUCUUCCUCUCCGCCCACCGCGCUCCGGCUGCUCCGCCGCAGCCCGCGCUGUCCUCUGCCCCCCGGAGCCGCCGCGCCCGGCCCGCGCCCAGCCAUGGGGGACCUGCCGGGCCUCGUGCGCCUCUCCAUCGCGCUGCGCAUCCAGCCCAACGACGGCCCAGUCUUCUUCAAGGUGGACGGGCAGCGUUUUGGCCAGAACCGCACCAUCAAGCUGCUCACCGGCUCGUCCUACAAGGUGGAGGUGAAGAUUAAGCCCACCACGCUGCAGGUCGAGAACAUUUCCAUUGGUGGUGUGCUUGUCCCACUGGAGCUGAAGUCUAAAGAGCCUGAUGGAGACAGAAUUGUUUAUACUGGCACGUAUGACACCGAAGGUGUGGCCCCAACCAAGAGUGGAGAACGACAACCCAUCCAAAUCACCAUGCCGUUCACUGACAUUGGGACCUUCGAGACCAUGUGGCAAGUCAAGUUCUACAAUUACCACAAGCGAGAUCACUGCCAGUGGGGAAGCCCCUUCUCUGUCAUUGAGUAUGAAUGCAAGCCCAACGAGACACGCAGUCUCAUGUGGGUGAACAAGGAGUCCUUCCUCUGAAGAUGGCUCUUUCCGAUGUUGCUGGACAAUCUCUUCAGAAAUCUACUUUCAGAUAACCCAGCACAAGCCUUUGCCAAGGCACAACACACUGUUGCCAUUUCCCAUUGGGUGCCAAUGACCUACUAGCCCUGAUCAUUUUGAAAGUGUAAUUCCCCUCUGAUGCAAUGUCCCUGACAUAAAAAUCCUGAUGUACCAUGCCCGAGAAGAUCCCUUUCUGUAUUCUGUGUUGGUGUUGCUGCAUCCAAUGGUUUCCGGGCAUGCUGUUGACCGCUUGUCAGGAGCUCAAUAGAAUUGGCAGGUGUGUCUCUUACUUAAGGGUUCCACUGAAAGACUGUGGUGUUUUGUUUCCAAGUUGAGUAAUUCCCCCUUUUUUGUUAAAUAUCUAAUCAAAAAUAACAAUAUGUGUGGGUUCUCUCUGUAGUGUAAUAUGGUAACAUAUAACUUGCAAUGUUUUCCAGCUUUCAAAGCAGGCUUUGUGAAUAUGCUACAAACAGCAGGGAAUGGGACGCAAAUGUGCUUCCUGUAAACAGCUUGGCUUUUGCAGGGAAGGAUAACAACAAAAUAAAAGGACAAAUACUUAAGGAGUAUUUGUAAUGUAUUAAAACUUUUUGAAGUAACCACAGUAGGAAUGGGACAAAGUAUUGCUUCGACCACUGUUAAGGAAGGUGACAGGAAUUAGAGGCUCACCUCUUUGGUAAACUGUCGUAGUGUUCAAACAUGCAUAUUGAUGGCACCCCAGUGACCCCUUUACUUGAACUUUGUAAAACUGUGUAUGGAACUGUAAUCAACUUUUGAUAUUUCUUAAUAAAGGUAUUGAAAAUCAU